CUCGUUGUUACAUGACUGACUAACUGGGUGCUCGCUGAGACAGACAGCAUGGUCAUCUGCUAUAUUACCGAGCCUAGCGGUUCCAUUUGCCGCGUCACAGUUGAGCGGGGCGCUCGCGGUGAAGACUGCUUUGUCUCGGUAUGCGAGCAGCUUCGACUUGUCGAAAAACACUUUUUCGGCCUACAAUUUGUGUCAAAACACGGUCUAGUUAUGUGGCUCAACGAACGAAAUCCCAUCUGUCUGCAAUUACCUGCCAAAGAACCGUACCGAAUGAAACUUCGAGUCAGGUUCUUCGUCGAUCCCAAACUUCUCUGCACCGACAAGGCACGAGAUCUUUUCUUCGACCAGCUGUAUGACGAUAUUCUACGCGGUACCCGAUUUCGUUUCGACCCAGCCGACGACACGAGCGGAGACAUGUCGAAAGCCGUCUAUUUGAGCGGAUUAUUAGCUCAAAUGGAACACGGUAAUAUUUCUGAAAUCGACCAUAUUGGGUACCGUCAAUACUUUCCGGGACUGAAACAAGAGACUAUACGACAAGAACACAGGAGAAAUGUAGGCUUGAGCAGAGCAGAAGCUCAAAUGACCUUUCUAGACGAAGUUGCAUCUUGGCAGUACUAUACAAUGCAAGUGAUUGAUAAUCUCUUCCAAGUUCGGCCAUCCUCUUCUGAUCGAUCAGUGUCGCUCGGUAUCACUGAUAAUACUGUCGUUUUGUUUGACGCUCAGAAACGAACUCUUCUCUCAUUCCCUGUUGGAGCUGUCAGAGAAACUUCAUAUUGUGACAAUUUCUUCAAAGUCAAAUAUUCACUCGACUCACAAAAUUCAGAAAAUCUAGAGAAGAUUAAACUAAGAGCAUGCACUUGGACACGUCGUGGUCACAUGUCAUUGCACCGUCUCUUCUGGGAAAUGCAAGAGUUUUACUCUUCAGAUCGCGUCCGUUGUGAUCUAUUGACAAGGAGACAUAGAAAUAUGAGAGGUGACCUACUGAGUCUUCUCGGCUUUAAACGGAGAGCAAAAUUCUACAGAAUUUACACGUUCUCUCUGCCCACCACUCUCAACCUCGCAACGAUGAUGUGGACAAAACAGGAAGAGCACGACAAAGCCAAGAGCGCGACAGAAGAAAAGAACACGAUCAAAAGCAAUGGCAGAUCAUGGAAAAGCAAUGAUCUCAAAGCAAUUCUAUCGUAUGUUCAAGACGUCGAACCAUCCAUCACCUCCACCGAUGACAAAGACGUACAGGAAGCGUGGGUUAACCUUUCAAACGUUUGCAACAGCGUCAGUUGUAUUAUCUGUCUCCAACGACCAAGAUCUGUGCGAUACGCAUGUGGUCAUGUGUUUUGCUGUGCCCAUUGCACGGUACGUAUUACCUCCUGCGCAGUCUGUCGCGCACAAACUUCAUCAAAGAGUCGGGUCUAUAUGUUUACACCUCUCGUUAGCGAUCUUGCAGAAACUGCUAAAAAGUGA